CUCAGGUGUGCAUAGGCCCUAGAGCUUUUCAAAGCACCGUGUGCAUGAGUCAUCCUAGCUAUGCAUUUCAAUCUGACAUGAUCCCUUGCAAGGACGAUGAUCCCUCCCAAACGACAGCUGCCCAAUGAAAUUAUGAAUCAUUGAAUUUCAGAUUUUUGAAUGGCAAAAGCCACCGCGGAGAGGGCACCAAGAUUUGGCGCUGGAUGAUGUCUAAAAACCAUCAGCUUGGGAUUGUCGCUCUUCAGCUCACAGCCUUCAGCCUUCAGCUCAGGCAGGGUUUCAAUGCUGGAACAGGCGUAAAUAUAGAGAAGCCUGCACGUGGACCCCGUGUCCAAAGACCUGGCAGCAGACGCCUUCCGUGUACAGAGAGAUGGGUUCUACGUGAUCAAAGCUGAACCCGGGGCAUAUACCCUGCAGCUGAAUCCGAAGCAUAUAGGACCAAAGGUGUCAACUUGCAACUCUGCUACAUUCCAGGUGUUGGCGGGGUGUAUAUCCCAAAGUUAUUGCUGGUCUUGGGAAAGGAAUUGAAGGGGUUCACAGGGAAAGUGCUUAGAAAGGCACUGGGGUUGGAUUCCUUACAGAAGCACUGCCGCUCAGGGUUGUCCUAAACCAUGUCGCUUACCGCCCCCGUCAGCGAGGUUGAGCUGCUGGCCGCACGCUUCGUCGCCUUGUCUCCCAACGACCUCGACUUCCCCGAAGACCUGGUUUGCCCCAUAACCCAAACCCUGAUGACCGACCCCGUCUCCGUCGGACAAGAGGGCCACGUCUUUGAGCGCACCGCAAUCGCCAAAUGGUUCCAGAUCCGGGACACUAACCCGGUCACCAACACGCGGCUCGGGAGCAAGAACCUCACCCCCUGCAUCCCAGUGCAGAAAAGGAUCCAGGAGUUUCGAGAAGCGGUGACGCGGCUUGGGGGCGCGGACAAACUGCCCGCCGCCGCAACUCCUUGGCCCCUGUCCCUUGCCCUGGUCGCUCCGUACCCUUCAGCGCCUCGGGCGUUUGGUGCUCCCGUUACAGAGGGCAGCGCGAUUAGCCGGUCCUUCCCAUGGGCGGCGCCAAUCAGGACCCGAAGGGAGGCGCUAAAGCAGCUUCGCAACUGCCGGGGAGACGCGCGCAGCUACACCGCGGUGCUUGAAACGUACGUCCAAUCUGAGUAUUGCAGCAUUGACGCAAAGUAUCGGAGGGCGGAACCCAACUCCUCCGAGUGCCCCGGCACUCCCCCCAGCACUCGGGAACGCCGGCCGGUCGCUGAGUAUAAGCAUGUGAUGCACAAAUUGGAGCGGUUGUCAGGGCGGCUUUUGGCGGACAACCCGCAGGCGAGAUGCGCGUGGGAGGCCUCGCUGAAACCGGUGCGGCGGCAAGUGUACGAGUCGCUGUGCCGGGAGCGCUAUCUGGUGCGCUUCUUCGCCCAUGAGGACCGGAUGCAGAUGCCCGAGCUCGACGGGCUCGACCACCGGUCCAAUGACAGCGAGUGGGUUUACGAUUCCGUUCGCUCGGUGUCGGCGACCGGGGCGCUAAGCGACGCGGCCGUCGGAUCCUUGCAGCAGGUGAAGACGGUGUUUCUGGUCGACGACAGGUUUUCGAUGGAGCGGUCCGGGCACUCCGGCUGGACGGUCGACCCCGCAGACAGCGAAAUCCGCUGGGGGCGGAUGCGCCGCCUGCUCGCGCAGGUUGCGCCCCUCGUGGCAGAGUUUGACCCCAAAGGCGUCGACAUCCACUUUAUGAACAGCGGGGUAAACGUUACUGGGGUCCAAUGCGGCGAGCAGAUCGUGGAGCUUUUUUCUCGGGUGGAGCCACCGGGGGAACCGUGUCUAACGAAACCCAUGCAGUACUUUUUGGACGCAUAUAUGUCGGCGUUGUGCUACGACCGGGGGCUGAAGCCCCUCAAUCUUGUGGUAUUCACCGACAAUCCGAAGGAACCGUGGUCAAUCCAGGCGUCACUGGCGGAAAUGAUUCGGAGCGGUUGCACUCCGCACCAGCUGAGUGUCGGGUUUGUGCGAGUGUCAUCGGCCUCAGCCUGA